AUGAAUGCCCUGGUCGGGGUACUUCUCAGGUUUCGGAAAGAUGACAUUGCUUUCAUAUGUGACGUAGAGCAAAUGUUUCACAGCUUCUUUGUGAACCCUAAAGCAAAGACUUUCUGCGAUUCCUGUGGUUCGAAGGAAGCUUUGUCCUCUCCAGGAGUAGCUAACUUCUGUCUUCACGAGACUGCCAAAGCCGGCCGAGAAGAGUUCGGAGACGAAGCAGCAGAUUUUCUCCUGAAAGAUUUCUAUGUCGACGACGGACUUAAGUCGGCUCCAAACUUAGACCACGCCGUCAAGCUCAUCAAAGAGAACCAAGCCGUGUGCGCAGCGAAGAAUCUCCGUCUCCAAAAAUUUGCGAGCAACAGCAAGAAAGUACUCGAAGCUAUACCCAAAGGCGAUAGAGCUAAAGACCUCAAAGACCUGGACCUGAGACACGACGCGUUACCAUUUCAACGAUCACUGGGUAAUUAUUGGUGCAUAGAGUCAGACACUCCAGGCUUCAGGAUAGAGUUGAAAGACAAGCCUCUAACAGGCAGGGGAAUCCUGUCAACCACAAGUUCUGUUUAUGACCCCCUCGGAAUCGUCUCACCUGUCAUCCUGGCGGGUAAGCAGCUUCUCCAAAUUCUGUGCCAACAAAACGUUGGAUGGGACGACCCGGUACCCGAUGACAUCGCUCAGAAAUGGGAAAGAUGGCGUUCGGAGCUGCCUCUUUUAGAAAAGGUAAAGAUAGAUCGAUGUGUUAAGCCCCCAGGAUUCGGGAUCCCCGUGAAAGCAGAAGUCCACAGUUUCUCUGAUGGAAGCGACGACGGGCUUGGACAAGUAUCUUAUCUCCGUCUAGUUAAUGCACGCGGUGAGGUCCACGUUAGCUUCCUCAUGGCCAAGUCACGCGUCGGACCACUGAAAGCCAUCUCUAUACCACGGAUGGAAUUAACAGCCUCCGUCAUAUCUGUAAAUGUAGCCGACAUGCUGAAGAGCGAGCUCAAUUACAAGGACCUAAAGUGCGCCUUCUACACAGACUCGGAGAUCGUCAUUGGUUACAUCAAUAACAACGCUCGACGUUUCCAUGUAUAUGUUGGCAACAGAGUUCAGUACAUCAGAGACCGCACAGACCCAGUUCAGUGGAAUCACAUCAGAGGUAAAGACAAUCCCGCAGACGAAGCCUCCCGCUCUAUGUCAGCCAAGGAACUCUUAAACAACUGCCGAUGGCUCAGAGAUCCAGACAUGCUUUGGGAAGCAGAUGUACCUUUCUUCAGUGAACCUCGUUACCUCACUGAAUUAGCAGACGACGACAUGGAAGUCAGAACAGGCCCUAAGAUCGAAGACCAAGCUUCCGAAGCACAAGCCACAACACUCCUCAGAAAGGGGGCUGAAGUCAAGCCGCCGCAGCCCAUCCACAUGUAUAUUGAACGUUUUUGGACAUGGCACAAGGCAAAGUUGUGGAUAACCGCCAUUCGACACGGCAUCAGAAGACUAAGAGAAAGAGUUCUUUCCAAGAAAACCACCCCCAAAGAAACUGAUUCUCACGAACGCACAGUGCCGGAACUGCAAGAGGCUGAGAAGCUAAUCAUUUGA